AUGAACGACAGUCCCUCCUACAACCGGACUUGUCUUUUCGAAUUUGUAUAAUUAUUAAAUCACAUACUAGUAGUAAUACAAUAUUCAACUAUUUAUACAUCCAAAAUUCCGUCAUUUAUCAACAAAUAAACAAUUCCUACAUCUAUAGCUACAUACACACACAAAUCGCCGGCGACAAAUACAAAGUCGUGGCAGACAUAUAUACAAGUUGUAUAGUCAAAGUGCAUAUCGCAGAGAAAUGGCUAUGGUGGAUACAGAGGUCAUUGUGAAGGAACUGAGGGACACGUACGCGAGUGGGAAGACGAAGAAGUACGAGUGGAGAGUGUCGCAGUUGAAAGCUCUGUUAAAGAUUGCUGAACAUCAUGAAAAGGAGAUUGUUGAUGCUCUUAAUUCUGACCUCUCUAAACCUGAACUCGAAGCCUUCGUUCACGAGAUUUCUAUGAUGAAAUCAGCGUGUAAGCUUGCAUUGAAGGAACUAAAACGGUGGAUGAAACCGGAAAAAGUCAAAGCUUCAUUAACCACGUUUCCUUCAUCAGCUGAAAUAGUUCCGGAACCCCUCGGUGUUGUAUUGGUCAUAUCAGCGUGGAACUAUCCGUUCUUGUUAUCCCUUGAUCCAGUGAUCGGAGCUAUUGCUGCUGGUAAUGCUGUAGUUCUGAAACCAUCAGAAGUAGCCCCAGCUACAUCUUCAUUGCUGGCAAAACUUUUGGGGCAGUAUAUGGAUGCGACUGCUAUUAGAGUUGUAGAAGGCGCAGUACCCGAGACAACUGCAUUACUGGAGCAAAAAUGGGAUAAGAUACUCUAUACAGGAAACGGAAAAGUUGGACGGAUUGUGAUGGCGGCUGCUGCAAAGCACCUGACACCUGUGGUUUUGGAGCUGGGUGGAAAAUCUCCAGUUGUUGUUGAUUCAAACAUCAAUUUCAAGGUUGCAGUAAGGCGUAUUAUUGCUGGCAAGUGGGGCUGCAACAACGGACAAGCGUGCAUCUCUCCUGAUUAUAUAGUCACUACCAAAGAGAAUGUGCCAAAAUUGCUAGAUGCUAUGAAACUUGAAUUGGAGAAUUUCUACGGGAAGGAUCCACUAAAAUCAGGAGAUCUGUCUCGCAUUGUGAAUGCUAACCACUUUCAUCGACUAUCAAAGUUACUGGAUGAUAAUAAGGUUGUUGAUAAGGUAGUUCAUGGAGGUCAAAGAGAUGAAAAUAACUUAAAGAUUGCUCCUACAAUUCUUCUGGAUGUCCCGGAAGAUUCUUUAAUCAUGAAGGAGGAAAUAUUUGGUCCUUUACUUCCUAUCAUCACGGUCAAUAAAGUGGAGGAUGCAAUACACUUCAUUAAUGCCAGAGAAAAGCCACUUGCAGCAUAUCUGUUCACAAACAAGAAGAAACUGGUGGAGGAGUUCAUCAUGAAUAUAUCAGCAGGCGGUCUGCUGAUCAAUGACACCACUUUACAUCUUGCGAUUUCCUCUCUUCCAUUUGGAGGAGUCGGGGAAAGUGGAAUGGGUUCAUACCAUGGUAGAUUCUCAUUUGAAGCUUUCAGCCACAAGAAGGCAGUUCUGCGCCGCAGUUUUGGCGGGGAAGUAGCUGCGAGAUAUCCACCUUAUACACCUGGAAAGACGCGAUUUCUCAAAGCCCUGUUAAAUGGCAAUAUACUCGGGCUCAUUCGUGCUCUGUUUGGGUGGUAAAUGUUCAUUUAAAAUUUGAAGCUCGGAUUUUCUGGUCUGAGCCCACUGCCGUUCUUAUAGCUUUCCAGUCGCUGGAUAUUAUCCUAGAAGUAGGUGAUCACAGUGUUUCCACCUGGAGGCAUAAACAUGUUCAAGUCACUUCUUUUAUUAAAUUUCAUAUAUCCGGGAAGUUACUACAUAUUUAUUUUUCUUGUAUAAAUGUUAACAUUGUUUAAUUAUUAUCAAUAAUAGAGUUUUAGUUGUUAAA